AUGGGCAAUUUCAAAGGGCAUGCCCUCCCUGGAAGCUUUUUCCUUCUUUUUGGCCUGUGGUGGUCAGUGAAGUACCCACUGAAGUACGCCUGCAGAAAGAACAAGAACGUUUGCUACCUUGGUUCCAGGGCAGGAUUCCAGCGCCUGGAGUUUGUGGAGGGCAUCAUCAAAGCUGUCUUUGCCCUCAUUGGGAUGGUGGCUGAGCAGUUUGUUCCUGAUGGACCUCAUCUGAAGCUCUACAACUACGAGAAGAAGCACUGGGACCACUUGAUGAACUGGCAGCAUGCCACCAUGUACCUCUUCUAUGGCAUUUCAGGGCUGGUGGACAUCGUGGCUCACGGCACCAACACGCUGCCAGCAGCCAUGGACAGGAUGAUGCUGUCCAUAGCAGUCUUCAUUGAAGGUUUUCUCUUCUGCUACCAUCUUCAUGGGAGAGCCAUGCUGGAUGUCCAUGUUCAUCAGUUACUGCUAUUUGCUAUCUUUGGAGCUGCUGCCUGCAUAUUUUUGGAAGUGUUUUUCCGUGGCAGUAUCGUGCUAGAGAUGCUCCGUACAAGCCUCUGCAUAUUGCAGGGCAGCUGGUUCUGGCAGAUUGGCUUUGUGCUUUACCCUCCAAAUGGAAGCCCAGAGUGGAAUCAGACAGAUCACACUAACAUGAUGUUCCUAACCAUGUGCUAUUGCUGGCAUUAUGCUUUUGCUUUUCUUAUACUUGCAGUCAAUUACACAAUUGUCAGCUGGGCGGUCCAUUCGAAGGUCAAGCAGUCCCAGUCCAUGGAAAUGGGUUUACUGAAAACAUCUGAACGAGAUCAUGAGUCAGAAGAAGAAAUUUAG